AUGACCGGCACACCCGGCGCCGCUGCCUCCCGGGAUGGCGAGGCCCACGAGCGCUCCCCUCCCUGCAGUCCAAGCUACGAUCUCACGGGCAAGGUGAUGCUUCUGGGAGACUCUGGUGUCGGCAAAACCUGUUUCCUGAUCCAAUUCAAAGAUGGGGCCUUCCUGUCCGGGACCUUCAUAGCCACGGUCGGCAUAGACUUCAGGAACAAGGUGGUGACCGUGGAUGGCACCAGGGUGAAGCUGCAGAUCUGGGAUACCGCAGGCCAAGAGCGCUUCCGCAGCGUUACGCACGCCUACUACCGAGAUGCGCAGGCCUUGCUGCUGCUGUAUGACAUCACCAAUAAGUCCUCCUUCGACAACAUCAGGGCCUGGCUCACAGAAAUUCACGAGUAUGCCCAGAGGGAUGUGGUAAUCAUGCUGCUAGGCAACAAGGCAGAUGUGAGCAAUGAAAGGAUGAUACGCAUGGAGGAUGGAGAGACAUUGGCCAGGGAGUACGGGGUUCCCUUCAUGGAAACCAGUGCCAAGACAGGCAUGAACGUGGAGUUAGCCUUUCUAGCCAUUGCCAAAGAGCUGAAAUACCGCGCAGGGCGGCAGGCCAAUGAACCCAGCUUCCAGAUCCGAGACUACGUGGAGUCCCAGAGGCAGCGCCCCAGCUGCUGCUCCUUCCUGUGACUCCCAAGGGGCUGAGCAGAGGCCCUCAGGGAUGCAGCUGUCUCCCCUCCACUGGCUUAUGCUGAGCAGUCUAGCCAAUGGGGAGAGAGCUGAGGCUCUAGUGCACAGUCCCUACCCCACUGCCUGUACUGUCUUACAUCCUAGGAGCGGGUAAAAUACUUCACAUUUUUUAUCAGAAUGACACAUAAUAC